UGUUCCCUGAUCUCGGCUUUUCCUUAGCUCUUCUGCUUCCCUGUAUUCACUUUCCCUGUAUUCACUUUUCCUGUAUUCACUCCUGUGCCCCCUCUCCCCACACAUGGUAAAGGCACCCGGAGAUGGCAGUGUGUGAAGUUUGCUGCUGUAUCUUGAGGUGUGUAACAGGAGUUUUCAGUUCCUCGUUCCUCCUGAGCUCUAAAUUUCCUCACCACAGGAAGCUGCUUUGUUAAGGACCAGCUUACACUGACCUGUCAUGGCAUCCAACAAAUUUGUCAUUAAGUGUGGGAACUUUGCUGUCUUGGUGGAUGUUCAUAUUUUGCCUCAAGGCUCCAGUAAAGACACCAGCUGGUUUUCAGAUCAUGAGAAAGAGGAGGUCUGCACGCUGCUAGAAGAAGUUGUUGCUUCAAGGGUCAARCACUACUUGGAAGCACCUAAACAACGUGGUCAGUGGAAAACCAUGGAACAUGGAUCAUCUGGACCUUUAUUYCUUACUGCCAACAGUUUGCACAUUACUGCCUACUUUAUGAAGAGAUGGGUUAAUCUCCGUUGUGCUCUAGGGAAACGUUAUCGUGAGCUCCGUGUGUUUCCAGAGAAAUUUGUAGUUUGUGUCAAUAAACUUGACUUUGAUCCAAGUGCUUGGAUAUGUGAGAAUGGUGUAUUGAAAGAAGAACUUUCCAAUGGGACGUCUGAAUAUUUUACUGAAUCUGCUAAGAACAAGAAGACUAAGAUUAGUCUGUGUGAACAACUAAAACAAGACAUCCUGAAAAAGAUUGUGAAAAGGAAAAAACGAAAGAGAAGUAGUGCAAGCAAACCUCAAAUCAGCAAGGACUCCAAGAAAGUGUAUCUUGGCUCGGUGGAAUCACAGACAGAGAACAGAGAGGACUGUCAGGCUUCUCUCAGUGCUCSGUCUGAUGUGAAACGUAGGAGUCCAGGCCUGCUGAAGGACUGCACAAACACAGCUGAGAGCAGCUUGGAGCUUCCUGUUUUAGAGCAGAGAAAUGAUGUUAAUCAGAGACAGCCAGAUGAUGUUCUCAGCCAGCAAAAACCUCACCCUCUGGAGCGGUUGAAGGCGAGUCUUCUGAGUGAGAGCCCUCCUUGCAGCUCUGAGUCAGCACUGCUGGGUCCAAAACAAAAUCAAAGAGUGACCAAAACACAGGCUCAGCUAAAGACCUGUGGUUUAGAGGAGAAGUUGGAGCAUUUCACUGUAGGGUCCUCUGAAAAGACUCCUUUAACUUCUGUCAAUACAGAAACGAGUGUGCGUGAUGAUAAUUGUUUUGGUCCAUUUGUGGAGGAGAAGAUACCCCUUAAUUCCAAUUUGUUUUCAAAGCAAGACAUGGCAAAGACUGUGGCUGACAGGAAAUCAYUGACUUUGAGAAAAAACUCAUCCUGGUCUCUUUCUGUGAGCAGUGGAGUGCAGAGAAGCCAAAAUGAGCCAAGCUCAGCCACCGAGGAGUUGCCUGCAGUGCCAACAUCRUGUCCAGAACUGCACUCUGUGUCUUCAGACAAACUUUCCCAAAAAAGAAAAAAAGAAGUGGACAGUGGUCUUGGGAAGUUAAAACUGCGAAGGCUUAAAAAGUCAAAAUCUGAAAUACUACCUUGAUAAUAAGCAUGGRUGGUCAGCCAAGUUUGUGUGUAAACAAAGAGUAGGAAGCAAUUCAAAAUGAUGGAAAAUAAUAAAAAUACAAAAUCAAAAUAAUUUUGAAAGAUUUUUUAGGAAAGUUGAGUUAUCUAAGGAUCUUAGUAAUUUGGAACUGUAAUAAAGAUAAUACUUUUAAAUUUUUAGGAAUUUAACAUGAUUAUUGCAUGAAUCAGCAUCAUAUUUAUAGAAAAAUCUCUUACAAUAUUUACUGAGCAAAAUUUUUGAUUUAUAUAUAUUUAGUCUUUAUUURUAUUUAUCAGCUGGUGACAGCAAAAGUUAAAAUCCCUUGUGUUGUCUGUUAGCAGCUGCAAUUAUUUGGUACCUUGCUUGUUUUUAUUUUAGUGAAAAUUAGUCCUUUAUAUUAGAAAGUUUGUGAUUUAUUCACAUGRUCUUUGCAAUAAUGAAGCCAAUUGAGGUUAUUUUAAAUAAAUCUUUAACCAGGAACAAUACCUGAUAAUUUGAGGCCCACCUUUUCAGAGAAGUUUCAAAAUAACUAUUAUUUCCACUUGUGUAGUUCUGAUACGAACAUUUAUUUCUAGCCCAUGUUGUGGAUACAAGUCAUCAUGCGUUCAGUCUUGGGAAAAAUGAAGGUUGUUUUUAUAUAUUUAGAUUUAUAUAUUUAUACCUGGAURUAUAAAUGUUACUGUUGGAUGAAGUUCAAAUAUAAACAUUUGUACACAUCUUCUUGCAUACAUGUUUCAAAAUCAGGCCUUGCUUGUGUGCAAAGGCAACACACUGGYUUUCAUGUGUUAGUGAUGCCCAAGUUAAUUCUUGUUUUAACAUAAUUUUGAAUUUCGUAGUGCUUUAUCAUACUCUUAUUAAAUGUAUCUGCUAAUGAGCUAAGCACAUGUACCUUUUCUAUUUCAUGCUUAUCUUUUUUAAAUGUGUAGAA